UAUUUCCCUCAUCUGAGGUAAAGCAGCAAAGAUGGCGUCGCGGUGGAGCGGAGCUUCUGGCGGGGGCGAGAAUCGGUUGGUGUCGCUGCCUUUGUCGCGGAUCCGGGUGAUCAUGAAGAGUUCGCCCGAAGUCUCGAGCAUCAACCCGGAUGCGAUUUUCCUCACCGCCAAGGCCACGGAGCUGUUUGUUCAGUAUUUAGCUACUUACGCUUACAAGCACGGCCAAGACAACGAGCAAAAGGCCCUGACAUAUACAGACCUGUCACAAACAGUACAGAAUUCUGACACCUUCCAGUUCCUUGCAGAUAUUGUGCCAAAGAAAAUCUUGGCAAGCAAAUACCUGAAAAUGCUUGAAAAAGAAAAAGAAGGAAAAGAGAUAAGGGAGGAGGAAGAGGAAACGGACGAAAGUGAGGCUGAAGAUACAUCUUGACAAUAUAGCUUGUUGAUUUAUAGCCUUAUAUGUGUGCACUCUUGAAUGUCUUAUGAUCAAUUGAAUUCUUACAUCCUUGAACCAGUGUCAGCUUUCAGAGUUAGAAUUGCCAACUUGUGUACAAUUACCUGCAAAGACUUUAUGGCAAAGACUUCUAAGUGGGACUGAACAUAUUUGCAGAUCUUCGUUUUUCAUCUUCAGCUUAUAAACAUAAUAUGGAUGAUUGUUUAUAAUAUACCAAUUGUCCGUGUUAACCAAAUGCUGUAUUUUCAAUACAGAAUCAUCUUCAUUGCUCACAUUGGGCAAAUCUAAAAGCGGGUAAAAUCCUUUUACAUGCCAAUAUUAAAGUUUUCUUUCCUUUCAAUGUAAGUUGGUAAAAAGGCUUCAAAUUUCUUAAAAGAAAAUUGUUUGUAUGACUAGUUGUAUAUAAGCUACACGGUUGGCAUUCAAAUUAUCCAUGUUGAAAACAAAAUAUUUUCAAUGUCAUCAAUUCCUAGGUACAGUACUGUUACACUGAUGUAAAUAAAGAAAACAGCAAUUUUGUAUG